GGAGGAGGAGAAGAAGAAAAGGAACCAGAAGAAGAAGAUGAAAGAGGAAAAGUUAUAUAAAGAAACAAAAACAAACACUCACCCACCGCAUUUACAAUCACCACCAACAAAAAACAUAAACCACAUAAAGUAUAACACAUCACAUACUAUUCCUCCUUCAGCUGCGUCUCUCUCCCUCGCAAUGGCCGGGCACGUGAACCUGACGAAGGGCGAGGUGGUGGGCGGGCGUUUCCAGGUGGAGGCGAAGCUGGGGCAAGGCGGCUUCGGGAGUGUGUAUCGCGCGCUCGGCCUUCACACGGGGGAACGCUAUGCCCUGAAGGUGGAAAGAGGGGAUCGUAACGUCCUUCUGCGGGAGCUCGAGGCCUUAUCGGUUGUGGGGGGGAAAGGGCGUGUGGGUCCGGCCCCGAAGGAGUGGUGGAAACUUGGGAAUAACAGCGUGCUAGCCAUGGAGCUCAAAGGGGAGACGAUGCGCGGCGUGAACGGGAGUCUGGCGUCCGUCGGGGUUCUAAUGUCGUUGGUUCUGACUCUCCUAGGGCGUCUCCACCACAACGGCUACGUCCACCGCGACAUCAAGGCCACUAACAUCGUGUACGGUGACCCUGAAGACCCUGAAGACGCCCAUAAGAUCUACCUCAUCGAUUUCGGGCUCUCGGGCAUGUUCCGCGGGCCGAAGGGGGAACACUUGCCGAAGAGGGAAGGCGUGCGACCCAAGGGAACGUUUCAAUACUUGAGCGUGAACAGCCACAAGUUAGUUUUGCAGUCCCGCCGCGAUGAUCUCGAGUCCCUGGCCUACAUGGCGGGGAGGCUGCUCAAAGGGCGCCUCCCGUGGGCCUUCACCCGUAAGAAGAGACCCAAGCACCCCGAGGCAGCGCGCAUCAAAGAACGUAGGACUCAGCACAUCUUCAGCAGCUGUCCGCCGGUGUUUGCUGACUUUCUGGAGUAUGUGAGAGGCUUAGCGUACGACGAGGAGCCUGAUUAUGUCUUCUGGAGGGAUGCGUUCGAGAGUUUGUCCCUGCAGGAUGACCCAGAGAAUGAAAGGCUGAGGAAGUGUCGGGAGGAUGUGUGGGCGCCUCCUCCUCGCCUUCGCCCUCUUCCGCGAACCUCCUCUCUGCCGCCGAAGUCACAGAAGUCAUCCCUUUAAAGCCGUAUUCUGUUAUUUCUUACGUUCUUGUUUUCACUCUA